AUGAAACUCAUCUUUUAUUAGGAUAUUGAAGAAGCUAAUAUUAGUAAAGUAUUAUAAUUAAGGAAAGGAAGUGACAAAUUUUAUAAGAAAACGCUCUCACAAUUUAUGUUACCCGCAAAGCCACUAUUAGGAUUGAAAGAAGGAUUGUCAGCAUCAAAUUAGAAUAUGGAAUAUCAAGAUCAAUAGUAAACUGAAGAAUAUAAAUUAAAUAUUAUCAUAUAUUAAAGUCUCUAACACAUGAAAUUUCAAACAUUCAAUAGUCAAAUAAUCAAUCUAGCACUGCAAAUUGUAAGGUCUUAAUCCCAGAAGAGGUUUAAAAUGGGUAUUAAACACAAAUUACCUAAGUAAAGAAUUUAGAACUAAGGAUAAUUAAGGAUAAAUUUCAUUGACUUUUGA